AUGAGUAUGGCGGCCGCCAUCAAACCCUUCUCGCAAGUUUUACUGGAUAUCACAGCAGGUAUAGCGCUUCAUCUUCUAGUCCUUCGACAUGGAGAAUGGGAUUUCGUCCUUCCGGUCAUGAUUGUCAAGCUGGUCGGUGUCUUGGUGCCGCUCGUGGCCAUUGGCGCAUUGUUGUUUCAUAAUCGAAUGGAUAUUUUUUGGCCCUGGCUAUCGGCAAUAAGCCUCCGUGUCCUGACGGUUACUGGGAGCCUCUCCAUGAGCAUUCUGAUAUACCGUUGGAAAUUCCAUCGGCUGCGGCGAUUCCCGGGACCCCUUGGAUCCCGCUUGUCGACCGCAUACAUUAUGUGGAAAUCUGGCACGAGCGGGAAUGCCUUCGAGAUGUUCGCGGAUUAUCACGAACAAUAUGGAGAUUUUGUUCGGGUCGGACCGGCGGAAUUAUCAAUUAAGCAUCCUGAUGCUAUCGCCGCCAUUCAUUCUUCCAAGUCGGCAUGUAUCAAGAGUCCGUGGUAUGACAUUUUGCGGCCACAUCGGUCAGUAUUUGGGACGCGAGAUCGAGCAGAGCAUCAACGUCGUCGACGUGUAUGGGACCACGCGUUUCGACCUGCUGCUCUGAAGGAAUACGAGCCCUCUAUGCAAGCCUGCGUGAACCAACUAGUUGAGAAGGUUGGCAAAAAUGCAGCAGGUGGUACUGCCGUUAAUAUGACCGAGUGGUUUGGGUGUCUCAUGUUUGAUAUCAUCGGUGAACUUGCAUUUGGGGAAUCGUUCGGCACCCUUGUCAGCGGAAAACCACAUUACAUGAUGCAAUAUCUGCAUGACUCGAAUGUGUCUACGGGCAUCAUGAUCCGCGCGGUGUGGAUUAUCAUGGUGUUCCGGACUAUACCAAUCAUCAAUAGGGGACUGCAGCAAUUCCUGGAUUUCUCCGAGAUGGCAAUGGAAAAGAGACUGAAGAGAACUGAUCAACCACGAGAUGUCUUUGCUUGGCUUUGGAACGAGUUUUCUGCUAAAUCACCCCAGACGACAGAAGCUAGACGGAACCUGAUCGCUGAUGCUUCGUUAUCGGUAUUCGCUGGCAGCGACACGGUUGCCAUCACAAUGACGGGGAUCCUGUAUUACCUCAUGCGUUACCCUGACUACCAAAAGCGACUACAGGACGAGUUUGAUGAGGCUAGAGAGAGCAAUGAGGGAUUUGAUGUUCAAGAUCUUGCGAAGCUACCGCUUUUCAAUGGCAUCAUCAACGAAUCGCUCCGACUUCACUACGCCGGGCCCUCGGGCUUUCCCCGAAUCACACCACCUGAGGGGAUACGGGUAGGCGAGACAUUCAUUCCCGGCAAUGUUAAUGUCAAGGUCCCAUUUUAUGCUGUCUUCCGGGAUGAGCGAAAUUUCAAGCAACCCGACGAGUUCAUUCCAGAACGUUGGUACAGUCGCCGCGACUUGAUCCACCAUCCAGAGGUAUUCGUCCCUUUCUUGUUAGGGCCAUACAAUUGUGUUGGUAAGAAUGCUGCUCUUAUGCAGAUCAGAUGGACGAUGUACUCUCUUUUCAGCCGGUUUGAGGCACAGCCCUUGAACAAGGACCAGCUCCGGCAAUAUUGGGACCAACGAUCUGAUGGGUUCAGUAUGGGGAUUGGUCCUCUCUGGGCUAUAUUCAAGGAACGGCCAGGGCGAGAAAGCUCUGCAGCUCCCUGA